AUGUCAAAAACUAGUGGUAAAAAUUCAUCGAUUCGCUUGAAACGCGAUCAUCCAAAUAGUUCAUUUGAAGAACCUAAUUCAUCAACAAAAUCUCCGUCACCACCAAUAAAAAAAUUAAAACAUCAACAUAAUAAUAAUACAACAGAUCCAAUGGAUAAAGAAACACGUAAUCGAUAUUCAAAUGGUUCAUCAUCUUUUAUAUCAUCAAAUUCAACUAAAAAACUUAUUAUUAAAAAUUUAAAAACUUCAUCUCUUGUAUUACCAUCAGAUUAUUUUGAUAAAAUAUGGCCAUUACUUAAACAAGCAUUAGAAGCUAUACUUAAUGGUACAACAAGUCCAACAAAUGAAGAACAACUUUAUCGUCAUAUUGAUCAUUUAUGUACAACAUCAACAAAUGAUACAAAUACUUCUCCACCAACUCUUCUCUAUGAUAAUUUAAGAAAAGUACUUGAUGAACAUAUACAAACAUUUUUACCGAUUUUACUAAGUGAAACAAAUGACAGUAAUGAUUAUCUUCGUGUACUGAAUUCAAUUUGGAAUGAUCAUAUUAUACGAGCAAGUCUCAUUCGCCAAUUAUUUAUUGUUCUUGAUCGAACUUAUGUUUUACAUGCAGCUGUACCAAGUAUAUGGGAACUUAAUCAAGAUUUAUUUCGUCGUUAUAUUAUGCAAAAUUCAAUUAUUUCAAAUAGAUGUAUCAAUGGUAUUCUUAAAUUAAUUGAACAAGAAAGACGAGGCGAAACAAUUGAUAGAAAUUUAGUAAAAAAUCUUAUUCGUAUGUUAAUUGAUCUUCAUCUUUAUCGAAAAGAUUUUGAACCAUCAUUUUUACAAUCAACUGAAGAACUUUAUCAUAAUGAAGGUCGUCAUUUAAUUCAAAAAUUAGAAAUUAGUCAAUAUCUUAUGCAUGUUGAACGUCGUCUUCGUGAAGAACAAGCACGACUAAUAAAUUAUAUUGAUCAAUCAACAAAAGUUCAACUUAUUCAUACAGUUGAAAAUAAUUUAAUUACACUUCAUAUUAAAAAUAUACUUUCAAAAGGUUUUGAUACACUUGUUAAUGAAAAUCGUUAUACAUCAAUUGCAUUAAUGUAUGAUUUAUUUCUACGAAUUGGUCCAGUCGGUAUUAAUGAUCUUCGUGAAGCAUUUGGAAAUUUUAUAAAAACAUAUGGUCGUGCACUUAUAAGUGAUGUUGAUAAAGAUGAUAAAAUGGUUGAUGAAUUACUUGAAUUUAAAGAAAAAUUAGAUCGUUUUCUUCAUGAAUGUUUUCAUGAUAAUGAAAAAUUUUCCAAUAUACUCAAAGAUUCAUUUGAACAUUUUAUGAAUCAACGUGCUAAUAAACCAGCUGAAUUAAUUGCUAAAGCUGUUGAUGCAAGAUUACGCUCUGGAAAUAAAGAAGCAUCAGAAGAAGAAUUAGAAAAAAUUCUUGAUAAAUUACUUAUUUUAUUUCGUUUUAUUCAUGGAAAAGAUGUAUUUGAAGCAUUUUAUAAAAAAGAUUUAGCAAAACGUUUAUUAGUUGGAAAAAGUGCAUCUGUUGAUGCUGAAAAAUCUAUGUUACUUAAACUUAAACAAGAAUGUGGAAAUGUAUUUACAAGUAAACUUGAAGGCAUGUUUAAAGAUAUGGAACUAUCAAAAGAUAUUAUGACAGCAUUCGAACAACAUAUGCAUAAUCGUGAAGUUCCUGGAAAUAUAAGUAUGUUUGUUUCUGUAUUAACAAUGGGUUUUUGGCCAACAUAUCAACCAGUUAGUGCUAUUUUAAGAUGUGAAGUNCUUUAA